AUGACGAUGCUACAUGACUUGGCCCACUACUAUAGAGAAAUGGAGGGAACUGACAGUCUGUCAAGAACCUUUGAGUCUAAUGAGGUACUAACUCCACUUCAAAUUCCUUCACGUCCAACUGUCUCACAAGAUAGAUAUAAAAAGUUCAGGAAAUCCCUUCACUGGUGCAGGCUUCCCUGCAAAACAGAAAGGGAACACGGAGCAACUGCACUACUCACACCAGAAGAACACAGGCCAAAGAAUGAGCCUCCCUGUGCAUUUGUUAAAGGACAUCAACAUUAUGGUAGUGCUAUAGACCCCUGGCCAAGAGGCCUGCCCAUUGAACAAUACUAUUAUGUCACCCAGAUGAAAAAAAGUGACGUGCGUAUGAAUGAUGAGCUGCUUCAUAAGCCACCAGACAGUUUGGCUAAACCACUGUGCCUGCCCUUCCCAACCUCUCAUCCCUACCAGACACACAUCUCUAGAUACGCCAUGUUCCCAAACUUCAGAUCACCUGAAGAUCGAUACACUGGGGUUGAGGCAAGCCAUCAUCAGCCUUUUCAUCCCAAUAUCCCUACCAACGCUUUUGAUGUGGUUGUUUUGAGGAAGACCAAAGGCAAUCCAUAUAGACAUGAAGUGGUCAAGAUUCUCUCUGACUCCCAGAAGGAGGCUGUGCACUGGCCAGGACAGCACGCGUACUUUCAUGUUUUUAAAGACCUAGAAUACAACCUCUCUCCAAGAACAACCAAUAUGUUACGAAACAGUGAAAGGGCUCAGUGGAUCACAACAUACAGUCAGGACUUCACAGGCAGAGGUCCUAUGAACCCCCUUAACCUGGAUGACUAUGACAUGAAGGUACUUGAAAGAUUAACGCAAGAAAUAGAAGACAUGGAACUUAAAGAAACAUUUCUGCCUAGUCUUUCACAAGUGAGACCUCUUCAAGGGCGAACUGCACGUUUACUUCAAGGUCGACGUCCCCGUGAAUCAAUUCUGCAAGUACAGCACUCCUGCCAAGAGCAGACUCAUCUGUCUCAGAUAUGUUACCAGAAAGAUGAUAACCUGGAUACAAGGCCACGAGCAAAUGAAUUUCAGAAAAUCAUUGACACAUGGCAAACAGAAGCACUGUACAGGAGGCAGUUUGCAGGAAGGUCUGAAAUUGAAUUCUUUCCAAAAUCUGUAUGUUCACUUUCCUGUAAAGACUUGAAGCCCAGCCAUUUGGACCAAUAUAGAGUAUGGAACAACCCAAAUAGUCUGUGUAUGGCUGGCUCACCACAGCAGGAUGAAAAGAGAGAGGAAAAUGGAACCUUCAUCCACAAGCUUUGGCAUCAAGAAGCAAGGCAGCCUCUAUGGAGAUCAGAGGACAAGCCAAGGAAAACAGCACUGCCUGAAUGUAUCCCCAGCUAUGAGGUUCCUCAGCACCAGGCAACAUUACUGGAGCUGCAGGAUUCCUUCUCUAAGACAGCAGCACACAAACAUUUUCAUGAUUCUAUUAAAGGAGAGACAAAAGAUCUCAGAGAUAACAUUACUGAGGGAAGGAGACACAAAUUCUAUGGUUUCAAUUCUUUUUAUUUCUACAAUUGA